UCAUUGUCACAUUGUUGCUAGCAUCAUAAUAAAUUAUUCUCGUUAGUUUUAAUACAAAAAGUUACGAUUACACAGCAGCGCAGCCAUUAGAAUGGCCGAACCUGGUAGGAAGCCUCCAAAUUCUCGCGGGCCGUGCCCCAUUGAGUUCACCGAGUCCCAGAUCAGUUACGGACCCCCCAAAAUAAACAAGGUUCUGCCCACCCGGGCCAGCCGCAUGGAGCAGUUCCUGUGGCAAGAACUUUUUGACGAGUACAAUCGUCAGGCGUCGGCCACUGCGGACUUGGGUGUCAAUACCACCGAGUAUUUCGAUGUAUACUGCAAGGAUAUACCACCGGAGAAUGAAGAAAGAAAGGAGACUCUGGUCAGCAAGUAUCCGGUUUACUGUACGACGGCCAUAACUCUAUGGAACCAUGAUGGCGAUGCCACAAAGACAUUCAAGAAGAAGUAUUUGAUCACAAGGCCCAUUCAGGAGUGCACCGAAAAGUUUGCACCAUAGGCCGAUCUCAUAAUUAUAAUCAUGUCUUUUGUACACCACAUCAAACUGAUAUUCUUGGAUACUAUUACUCACUUUACAAACGAUAAUGAUGAAUUAUCCCGUUUUUCAAGAGCAGAACACUUUGUUUUGUCGUUAAAUUAAAUUGUUUUAAAUAAAC